CAGCGCUGGCGGCGCCGCCGAGGACAGGCGUGGGGGUUAGGGCGAGUCAUAUGACCCGCUCGGCUUCCUGGCUCCGGCCGCCGCCGCCCGCCCGCGUCUGCCCGCGCCGCUCCGGGGCUCUCAAGAGCCGUUAAGGGGUCCAGGCCGAGGCUCGGUGGUGUGGAAGUCGUCGCCGGCGCCGCGUGCCCGCCCGCCCCUGCGUCCUCUGUGCAGGCCGUCACCAUGCUGGCGCUCAUCUCCCGCCUGCUGGACUGGUUCCGCUCGCUCUUCUGGAAGGAGGAGAUGGAGCUCACGCUCGUGGGGCUGCAGUACUCGGGCAAGACCACCUUCGUCAAUCAGGUCAGUUCAGUGAAGAUAUGAUACCCACAGUGGGCUUCAACAUGAGGAAAGUAACGAAAGGUAACGUCACAAUAAAGAUCUGGGACAUAGGAGGACAGCCCCGAUUCCGGAGCAUGUGGGAACGGUAUUGCAGAGGAGUCAAUGCUAUUGUUUACAUGAUAGAUGCUGCAGAUCGUGACAAGAUAGAAGCCUCUCGAAAUGAACUACACAAUCUUCUAGAUAAACCACAGUUACAAGGAAUUCCAGUACUAGUACUUGGAAAUAAGAGAGAUCUUCCAAAUGCCUUGGAUGAGAAACAGCUAAUUGAAAAAAUGAAUCUGUCUGCUAUUCAGGAUAGAGAAAUUUGCUGCUAUUCAAUUUCUUGCAAAGAAAAGGAUAAUAUAGAUAUCACACUUCAGUGGCUUAUUCAACAUUCAAAAUCUAGAAGAAGCUGAAACAUCUCCUGAAGUCUUCCAGUCCUUCUUGGCUAUAACCCUAGAAUUAUUAUCCGUUCCUCUGAAGUACUUCCCAGAAUAUGGUCCUUCCUAAACCUAAGAAAUUGCCUUUUUCAGAGUUUAUUUCUCAUGUGCACUGCUGAAGAUGUGUAACCCUUUCCUUUAUAAAGAAUCAUCUAGAGUUGUCAUGAUAAAGUCAGCAUACACAAAAAGACUUCUCACACAUACUGUACUUGUGUUAAACAGUGUGUAGAGCUUUUUUUGUUUGUUUUUAUUUUUACAAAAAGAAUGCAUACUUUUCACCAUCUUAAAUGCAGAAAGUUGCAUAUUUCCAUCUGGUCUUUCCAGGCCAGAUUUUUAUAUUGGUUUUCAGUAAAUGUCUAUAUUUCAUUAUAGAGCCCAGUAGCUUAAUACUGAUAAUGACUUGAUACAGCAUGAAAUUUUAGUGCCACACACAGUAUUUAGAAAACCUUUUAAGCCUGAUUAAUGUGAGAUGUAAACAUAAUGUUUAUCUCAUCUCACAAAUGCAUGUGAAAUGUAUAAUUACAUCUUAGGAAUUAAAAAGUGGUCUGCAAGCAGGUAGCAGAGGCAUCAUAUAUGUGUUGCUGGUUCUUUAUACUGGAGAGUUCCUACCUGAUGAAUUUUACAAACAUUCUGCUUUCUGAGAAUCCUUUAUCAGAGAUGACAGUUGGGAGUGUGGGAGGAGGUAAUGCAUGCUGUUUUGUAUCUGCCCAGAUCAUAAAUUUUUUUUAAACUUUUUUUUCCUUUCAGUACACUUUUUUAAGGGGUUGGGAACUGAAGAUUUUCUCAAAAGCUUUCAUGAAUUUAGAGUAUUCUAGCCAAUAUAAUAAAGCCUGUUAAGAAUGUCAGACUUUGUUCAAAUACCUGUUCUUUCUAUCUCCAGUCAUUAAGUCAGUGCUGCUGCAUGACAUUUUAACCCUUGACUUUUUAUAUCCAGUCAUGAAGUUGACUUUCAGCACAAAAGACACUUAUAAACAGAUAAAAUUCUUAUUUUUUUCUUACUGAUGUAAGAUUUGGCACUCUUUUGUCUGGUGCCGUUAGACGUCUUGAUUAUUGUGACAACUCUAGACCUGCCUGCUUUGUCUAACAUAAUCAUGUACAGUGUCUACAGCUUGGUUAAUAGUCAAUCGCACAGAGAACUGAGGAACUGAUGCUGUUUAUUGUUUGCUUCUAUGAUACAGAAAUGUAUACAAACUUAAAAUGAACAUAUUUUAUAGUUUAGUGAUCUCCAUAUACAUAAAGGGACAUAUUACUACUGGUUCACUUGUAAAUUGUUAUUCAUACAGAUGGCUGUAGUACAUAUAACGCUGGUACACCUGCUUAUAUGUUGCCUCACACUGUGUGUGAUUUUGUUUCUUGUUUUAAGCACCACUUAUGUAGACAGUGCAUUUUCAGAUGUGUUGAACACUCAGAGUGUAGUCAACAGUAAUUCUUUUAAUGAAUACCAGUUUUAAUUUAUAGACUGCCAUGGCCUUAAAAAUAUUCUGUACAAAAUACUGCACUGUAUUGCACAGACACUACUUGUUUUUCUUCAUUUACAUUUUUACUGAGGAGAAUCUGGGCUUUAAAAGUUCUCUUCUUAUUUUUUGAGGCAUGUUGCAUACUUCCCAAAUAGGAUGGGUGGUUCUAUAAAUGAAGGGAUAUUUAGACUUGCUACCAUAGUUCAUUGGUCAUUGGGACCCAUUAUAAACAACGUGGGAAUUUGUGCCUAAAAAGAGGAAUUGGAACUACAACGUGUGACUAUGUGGGGACUGCCGAGGUUUGGUAACUGACCUAUAGUCCCUAAUGUGUUUGUGUGUCUGUUCAUUGCUUUCAGCAUUUCAAGACAUCUAAGUGCUUCUACCAACAUUCUCCUGUGCAUAACCUUUGCAUGUGAAAACUUAACAGUUAUUGAACUUUGUAAAUAAGUAAAUUUUAUUUAGGUGGAUGCAUUUUUUCGUCUAUUUACUGCUUUUCUCAGCUUUAUUCAAUAAAAUUGCAUUUUGAGGGUUGAACUUAGCAAUUUUAAAUGUGCAUCAUGAUGGGCGGUGCAGACUCUUUUUGGAAAAGGAUAGCAGGAAAAUUACCAUGAGGGGAGGAAGGGCUGUAGACCAUGUGCUAGAGAGAAAUCGACUCAGCCCUCAAAAGAGUUGGGUGUGAGGGCUAGUUAAAAUAGAAAUAAACUGUUAAAAUAUCCAGAGUGGAUACUGUGAUUCUUUUGGAGGGAAGGGGAUGCUACUACUUUUAAAAAGUUUCGUCAUGAUACAUGAAAUGUGGGACUUUUAAGUGGCUGGAGUUGGUAACACACUUUGUAGUCCAGUUUUUAAAAUCAAGGGAAAGUCCUACUAAUAAACUAAAAUUGCAAGACAUGCCUGCUUAAAUAAAAAUAUUUUAACUAAAAAUAUUUUCAGUGUGGAGGUUUUUCCACAGACGCACAUUUUUUAGAAUAAAGCAUUUGGUCCAUUUUGCUAGGAUGUUAUUUAUUGUCUGUACCAUGAAUCAGUAUUUAUCUCAUCAAAGCUUUUGGAAACAUAACCCGGUAAAGUUUUUUACUUUGUAAAGUUCGUUUGGCUUUCUCUAUGUUCAUGGUGUCAUUCUGCAUAGCCAACCCUAAUUGGACGUGUGAUUUAGCAGUUCCAUCCAUAGGAAUUUUUUUUGCUGUAUUGGUGGAGCCAUUUAGUCCAGCUGGUCCCUUUUCUUUUUUAUCAUAUUUUAUUAGUACAUGUUAAUAUUACAUGGUGAUGGGGUUUAUUUCUAGAAGUUGGUACAUGCAAUUAACAAAUUAUUUGGUUCCUCCUCACCAGUCUGUUGGAGUGUGGGAGGUGGGAGAGGGGUUAUUGAACAUACGCAUGUAGAUUAAUUCUGUGUAUCUUUGUAUCUGCUUUUAAAUUUUUUUAUUUUGAUGCUGGCAAUUAAACUUAGGGCCCUGGCACUGAGCUGCAUCCCAAAACCUUUAAAGUUUUUUCUUGUUUUAAAUACUGAGGCAGAGUUGCUAAGUUGCCCAGGCUGGGCUGGAAUUUAUGAUCCUCUAGUAUCAGCCUCCGAUAGUGAUGGUUGGAGUGUAAGCAUGCACCACCACACCCAGCUCAAAAAACAGACUUCUAAAAUUAUUCCCUUUGAUUCUGUCAUGUAAAUUGGAUGUUUUGGGCCCUGCCUGCUUUUGUGUACACUGAUUUUUAUUAUUUUAUUUUUUUGACAUAGGAAUUAAUUGCCUGCCUAUUCUGUCCAUGUAGAGUGAGUUACACUGGAAUUGUAUUGAUAUGUUAAUUCUAGCCUCCGGAAAAAGUUCCGUUGGGUUGCUCAUUGGAAUGGAAAUUUAAAUGUAGUGUAGCAGGCACCAUAUUGUAACAUUCAACUGGCCAAAUGCUUUAUUCUAAAAAUGUAUGCCACUGCAGGGAAAUUCAGGUUUGGUUUUCAAAAUAUUUUCAUUUUAUUGCAAACUUUUAAGAUCAUGCCCUCAAAAAAGCAUAUGCCGGUGAAGAGACUUGAAAAGGAAGACAGUAAAGUAAACUAGCCUCACAGACUUCCUGUAAGUUUGCUGUUCUACAAGUGUGCAGCCCAUUGCAGGUGUUUCCUGUUGGUUGGUAAAUAUCCUCCAUGCAAUUUCUGUUUAAAAUUCAGCUGUUAAUAAAAAUGAGUACUCUUGCCA